UUUUUUUUUAAUUUCGUCCAAAUUUGUGUUGCUGAGCAGCUCAACCGUUGGGUUCGCAACGAUGUCGGACGAGUUCGAGUUCGCCGAUAAGGGAAACAAGAUUAUCUACGAAAAAGAAGCCAAAGGGUUCAACCCUGGAUUGAUAGUACUGCUCGUUGUUGGGGGACUAAUGCUGAUGUUCCUUGUGGGGAACUAUGUCCUUUACUCAUACGCACAGAAGACACUUCCUCCUAGAAAAAAGAAGCCGGUAUCCAAGAAAAAGAUGAAGCGGGAGAGGCUGAAGCAAGGAGUCUCCGCACCAGGUGAGUAGGAAUUCAAGGUUUGGUAUCCGUUUAGUUGCGAUAAGCCAUCGGCAACCCUUGUGAACUGUUUAGAGGACUGUAGGCAACUGAAAUAAUGUCCACUGGCUGAUGUUUGUUCGGUGGAGUUUCAGAGGUCUUUUCGUUUUUCUGUUUAGAAAGUCAUAUAGUAGUGUUCAAGCU